AUGAGGAGACAAUCCACCGGAGAUGUCUCUUUACACUGCUUUUUAUUUUGUUUUCUUUUUUCUCUUUUCUGUUUUUUUUUUCAUUUUGCUGUUUUUUCUUCUUCUUUCUCUGAUUUUUCUUUUUGUUUUUCUAAUUCUUUUUCUUUUCUUCUUUUUUAUAUGAAUUUCUGUAUUGUUUUUCAUUGUUUUUCUAUCUUUUCCUUAUUUUUUUUUUGUCUGAUUCUUUUUCUUUGUUUCCUUUUUGCCAUUUUCUUUUCUUUUGCAGUUGAGUUUUUUCUCUUUUUCUUCCUUUUUCUGAUUAUUUGUUUUCUUUUGGCUAAGUUGCUUUUUUGUUCUUUUUCUGUGCUUUCUUUUCUCUUUCAUUUCUCAUUCUUAAUUGCUUCUAUCUUCCCUUUCAAACUUUCCUUCAUUUCUUUCUCUUUUAUUCUUGCUUCUUAUUUUCCUCUAUUUUCUUUUCUAUUUUAUCCAUCAUUCUUAAUUGCUUCUGCUUUCUUUCACAAUUUCGUUCAUUCAUUCCUUCAUUUUGAUUCUUUUUUGCUUUAUGUUUCUUCUCUCUUGUUACCUCCAUUUUUUCUUUGCUUCCAUUUUUUUCCUUUCUUCCUUUUCUGUCAUUCUCUUUUCUCUCCAUUAUGUUCUUCACCAAUUUUCAAAGUAAAAGAAAAUAAAGAAACACAAAUCCAACAGUUUUGUUAA